AUAGGUAUUUCUGUCGUCUUUGGUCGCGAAAUCGAAGUGGGGAAGAAGUAGGUGAAGUGUACCGUAAAAGGUGUUGAGAAUUACCGAAGUGAACGUAAAAUCGUUAAACAAUGUUGCAUAAGUUGGGACAAGUUGCAGCAAGAUCUGGCUCCUUGCGUUUAGGAGUGUCGAGGGCUUACCAUCCACCAGCAGACUUUAAGCCACAAUCUAUGGACGAUUUACCGGUGCCGCAAGGCUCUUGGCAGGCGAACUACGAAGAGAAACAACGCAGAUAUAAUACGCACUUAUUCGGAGGCAUAGCAUUUGCCGCAUUUUCAUUGCUUGUGGCAAAGAACUCUGGACUGUUUUACAUGAACUGGGCUCCACCUGAAUUGAAGAAGGAAUAGAUUAUCUUAGUUAAAUAGUAAUGUUGUAUAUAUGUAACUAUUUAUUUAUUAAUUUAUGACCUAGCUGUUUAUUGUAUGUUCUGUUUCACUGAUGAUUAAAAUGAUUCGUGUUAUGAA